AUGUCGCGGAUUACGAAUGGCGAUCGACCGGCUGCCCAGUUAAGGACAGAGUCGCGUUUCAAGCCAAACCAAUCAUUCUCUACUUACCUUCGUCAGCCGGAGUCUCCAACAAGAAAAGCUCGUAAUUUAAAAAAUUUAUCGCUCAAAUUACCUACUAUCUCGUCUCACCAAACAAUAGCCACGGCUCCAAUCAGAGAAAAAACACCUAAUGUCUCAGCUCCCGCUUCUCCGAUACAGUCUAACACUAGAUGUUUACGACGCAAACCCCCGAAUCUUACAAUAAAAACGCCAUCAUUUGACCGAUCCUUUUCGAACAUUUCAGAGGCUGUUCCUCCCACUCCUAACACCCGACCGGCUCUUCGGCAUAUCGAGUCGUCACCGUCUCUCAACUCCAUACUCUCUCCAACUACGUCAACUAAGCCUUCUCUUGCUCUUCCAGGUUCAUUGUUCCAGUCUGCAAAACGGCCCAUGCCAGGCGCUUGGGAGGAUCGUGUGGCACCGGACCGACCAUCUCCUUCAGCUCAACACGUUUUUUCGGGCAGGGAUGCCUUGCAUGAGCUUGUUGAGGAAGAGGAUAACCUAGUUUCGCGCGAGUCAUGCAAUGGUAGUGAUAAAGGUUAUCCAGAUGGACCAAUUUUAAUAUAUGAUAGCGGACUCUAUCUUUACCUAGAGCCAAGCAGUGAAGAGGCCUCAAAAUUUGACGUGGUUAUUAAUGUUGCAAAGGAGGUUGCAAAUCCAUUCAUAAGUGCUGAGCAAAGGCAGGAUACCGUUGUCUCGGUAUGGAAAGCUACAUUACCCGAUGUGCAACGACAAUCGGUGGUGGAACCUGAUACUGCACUUUCGGAAAUUUCUUUCAAAUCUGCCUUCGAAUUUCAGCCUGUAGGAACGGAGUCGCCCACGACUCCAAAGCGCCGCGCCCCUACGCCCGAGUACAUACAUGUGCCGUGGGAUCACAAUUCAGAAAUACUCGAUGACCUUUAUCCGCUUUGCGAGGUUAUCGAUAAGAGGAUUUCGCAAGGAAAGAGAGUAUUGAUCCAUUGCCAACUUGGCGUCAGCAGAUCUGCAUCACUGGUUAUUGCAUAUGGCCUAUACAAAAAUCCAGAUAAGGAUUUCAACGCCAUGUACAGCAUUGUAAAGGGUAGAAGUUGCUGGGUUGGGCCCAAUAUGAGUUUAAUCUACCAACUUACCGAUUUCCGGACACGAGUUCAGCAACGGGGACCUUCCAGAUCUCCCCCGGCUGAAUGGUUUGAUGGAUCUCUAGAUGCGAAAGUUAGCACCACAUCAAAAGGCCAAGGUAACUCCUCGACCUCGAAAACCGCCCGUCCCCCAGUCCCUCUGUUCGACACAGCCGUAGGCGAUUCAAAAUACUCCAAUGCACCCACGUUAGCAAACCCUUUUAACUGGACCAGCCCGCAAACAUCGUCGUCAAACUCAACAGUAUCAUCGUCACCAGCAACCAGCCAACAGCGCCGGAACCUUCCACCACGUCCCCUCCCUCUCCGUGAAAAAUACCAAACAAUACACUCCCUUCGCCGUCCCCGCCACGACAACUCCGCCGUCCCUUCCCAUCGCACCUUAUCCCGUACCGCUGUCCACCAAAUGGACUUGGUCAUGCAAGACGUACCGGCAACGCCAUCCGUCCUUUCGCCCCGUGCUGCUGAGUUCUGGACAACCCCAUUCUCUCACCUCCGCACUGUCGCUGGUGAUCUUGCCUGUCGUCUCGACAAAAAUAUCGAUACCAAUACAACUAAUAGCGGUAAUGGCAAUCGUAUGUCGAUAGAGUCUAUAUCCUCCGUCGUCCGCGCAUGUCCCCCGGUGCCACCUGGUGCAGCGGACCCGCGAUCGCCCCCACAGCAACGGCGGGAGCGGGUCAUUAUGAGAAAUAUUGAUGAAUUUCUUUGA